AAUGAACUUCCGGUUAGUGAACAGAAGCAGGCGAAACGUUGACGUGUAAAAAGACGAACUACGGUAAAUUUAGUCGACUGAAGUAGGCGACAGAUAUCUGCUUCGAACCCUGGCUCAACAAGAAAGAUGGCCAACAGGGAAAGAUGAUGUCAAAACGAGCUGAGUGAUGCAGAAAUAUCUGGCAAGGAAAUCUACGAAUCUUGUGAAAUUUCGAUGUGCUUAUUUUGUGUAACCUGUUUGAACAUCACGUACGCCUAUUACAUCACAAACGUAACCACACCGAUUACAAAGACUUGAAUAUAUUUGCCUAAGUUUUAGGAAGUGUUUUUAUAAACAAGUUGUUUGACAGAACAAGGCAAAGGUCAGACAUGUGACGAAUUGAAUUUUAAUACAUGGUUAUCAGAUAUAUUUUUGGAGGUGUAGUGAAAUUAAAUAUUCAGUAACUUGUGUGUAAGACACACCACAGUAUGUGUCAAAAUUUAUUAUAAUUGAAAGAUAAAGGUUUAUAAUUACUUGAGGAAGACGUAAGCAGUAAAGAUGGCCAGUCGGAGAUUAAAAUUUCAGUACUGUAAAGUUAUAAUUGCGACCUCCAUGGUGUGGGUCAUGGUUGACAUGUUCUUGUUGAUGUAUUUUACGGAUUGUUCUGCAAUGUCAAGCGCAGAUUGUCAGCGGAAAGCUAAAGAGGAGAAUGGGAAUCCUCAACCUCCAAAGGAACCGGUUGGAUUUUUAGAAAAAAUUAUACCACAAGGAUUAAUGCCAAAGCGAGUUCCUACUGGUCCCGGAGAACAAGGACGAGCUGUGGUUGUACCAGAUUCUAUGAAAGAUGAGGCGAAGGAGAAGUUUAAAAUAAAUCAGUUUAAUUUAAUAGCCAGUGAUUUGGUAUCAUUAAACAGAUCACUACCAGAUUAUAGAAUGGAUGCAUGUAAGAAGAAAGAAUAUCAAGUGUCCAAGUUUCCGACUACUAGUAUUAUUAUCGUAUUUCACAACGAGGCGUGGAGUACGUUACUACGUUUAGUUCACAGUAUCAUCAAUCGGUCACCUAGAGCGUUAUUAAAAGAGAUUAUACUUGUAGAUGACGCUAGUGAUAAAGAUCAUUUAGGAAGACAGUUAGAUAAUUAUGUAAAGAAAUUACCUGUACCUGUCAAAGUUUUACGUUCAGAAGAAAGAACUGGUUUAAUUAGAGCUAGAUUAAAAGGAGCUGCGGCAAGUAAAGGUGAAGUAUUGACGUUUUUAGAUGCACAUUGUGAAUGUACAGAAGGCUGGUUAGAACCGUUAUUAAACGAAAUAUAUAAAGACAGAACAUCGGUUGUAUGUCCUAUUAUAGAUGUAAUAAGUGAUGAUACAUUUGAGUACAUAACAGGUAGUGAUAUGACCUGGGGAGGAUUUAACUGGAAGUUGAAUUUCCGCUGGUAUCCUGUACCACAGAGAGAACUAGAGAGACGAGGAGGAGACAGAAGUCUACCAACAAAAACACCAACAAUGGCUGGUGGUUUAUUUGCUAUACAGAGAGAUUAUUUCUAUGAGAUCGGAUCAUAUGAUGAGGGUAUGGAUAUAUGGGGUGGUGAAAACCUAGAAAUGUCAUACAGGGUAUGGAUGUGUGGGGGUCAAAUAUUUAUUGUGACCUGUUCUCGAGUAGGUCAUGUGUUCCGUAAAACAUCACCGUACUCCUGGCCAGGUGGUGUAGCCCGAAUUAUAAACCAUAAUACACAGCGAAUUGUAGAAGUAUGGAUGGAUGAAUAUAAAGAUUUCUUUUAUAAAAUAAAUCCAGGAGUUAGAAAUACGGCUUACGGUGAUGUCACAGCUAGAAAAGAAUUACGUAAAAAAUUACAGUGUAAAAGUUUCCGUUGGUAUUUAGAAAAUGUUUAUCCUGAAUCACAGAUGCCUCUUGACUUUUAUUCACUGGGAGAGGUUCGUAAUAAAGAGACUGGUAUGUGUAUUGAUACAAUGGGUAGAAAGAGUGGAGAGAAAGUUGGUAUGGUGGCUUGUCAUGGUAUGGGAGGAAAUCAGGUUUUUUCAUAUACUAAAAAGCAGGCUAUACAGAGCGAUGAUAUAUGUUUAGAUGUGUCCACAAUGAACGGGCCUGUCAAAUUGUUUCAAUGUCACGGUUUAGCGGGAAAUCAGAAAUGGGAGUAUGAUGAAGAGACAUUUGUAUUAAAACAUGUGAAUACAGAUAUGUGCCUUCAAAAACCAAUAGGUCGUGAAAGAGAUACACCAUCUUUAGGAAGUUGUACAGGUGAACUAAGUCAGCAGUGGAUUCUGGGAGAUAUGAAGUUUGAACAGUAGAUAGAUAACUUUAAACUCUCUCAAUUUUAACCAAUCAAGACACUGAUCUCAGGAAACACGAACCAAUCAGAAAGCCAUCCAUGUAAUUUAAAAAUCACGCCUGUUAUGUUUUUAAAGUGUUGAAGUUGUUUGCGUACGACCUUGAUGAAGGUUGUUGAUUAUUAUUGUUUGUAUGUUUGUUAUGAGAGAGUAGCCUGAAUCUGUUAGUAUGUUAAGAUAUAUUGUUAUGUAAAUGUAAAUUUGUUGUUUUUUUAAAAUCAUUUGUAAACAAUUUACAACAUGGUCAUUCUUUCGUUUGUGAGAGAUAACGUCUUUGUCAACUGAGGAUGAUAUUGCAAAUUGGCAUCGAGGUAAAACAACCCUUGGCAGUUGGAAUUUGAAAAACUGUAAGCAGAAAUGCAGUUGUUCAGGCAAAAUUAUCCCCCUCUCAUUGCAUACAUGUCCAUUUAGAUAAAAUUUGCCAUUUUACUAACAUAGAACGAUUAAAAGAGCCAAAGAUUGUGCAAUAAAUGUUGGAUGACCAAAAGGAAAGAUACAGGCCUUGGUGAUCUGAAAUUAUAUACUGCUGAGUGUCAUAGUUUAUACAUUAAGAAUAGACUGCGAUGUAUUGUGUGGAGAAAUUGUUUUAUUGGAAUAAUUAUUGUUUAGUUUUAAUGUUUAUAGUGUUUAUUUAUCUUGUUUACGUGUUCAAUAUUGACAAAAUUCAUUUGAUAGUGUUCAGUGGGUAGGAAUUAUUGUUGUCUCAAAAAUUAAGAUAUCGACACAAGUGCUUGGAUAAAAUUAGCUAUGAUGAAUUUUAAUUUUAAAAAUUUUAUUAGCUAAAAUGAAUGUAAAUGUCAUAGACUAUUUUAAAGCUACAUUCCCAGGAAAGUAUUUAUCGGGUGGUUAUUUCCAAUAAAAGUGUGACAAUUUUGGUAUAUAUGGAAAGUAGAAAUAUCAAUCUUACUAGAAAAAUACUGGAUUCCCUGAAAAACACUCAUGGAGCACAUACAGGACAAAAAUGUAAGGGUUUCCUUAAUCGACAGCCCGACAAUUAGAAGUGUCUUCACGAGUGACGUCGACGGUUGCCCGCGGAGAUUGAGCGCUUGAUGUACAUUUUGAUAAACUUUAUGAAGAAUUAGACGUACAACACUUUCUGAGAUAAAAAUCAUGGAAAAACAUGCGGGCAGUGGAUAAUCCGAAAAUUUAAUUAGGCUUCGAUAUUUGUAAUAACUUUAUGAAGAAUUAGACGUACAACACUUUCUGAGAUAAAAAUCAUGGAAAAACACGCGGGCAGUGGAUAAUCCGAAAAUUUAAUUAGGCUUCGAUAUUUGUAAUAAAUAGUCAGCAAUUAAAGAAAACGUCGUCUUGUGUAUGCAAUGAAUUCUCCUCUUGCGUUGCUAGGUACUGAGAGAGGGAAGUCACGUGACACAAACAUGACCUCUUUUGAUCGAUUUUUUAUAGCCAGGGUAUUCCCCGACAAUUGCAAUGUUUUGAGAAGGAUUUUAAGCAAAAUUAUGAUAAAUUAAUUAGUUUGAAUAUGUUUUUAGUCCAAAUAUAUCAUCAAAUCACCCAGUUUUUACCCGGGAAUGUAUCAAAGCUAAAGUGAAUUUGUAUGUCACUGAGUAUACAUAAGUUACUAUGGUUUUGAAUAUCAAUGCCAGCGCGGAUCCACAGGGAGGGUCAAGAGGGUCGACUGAAUUUGGGGGUUCCAAGGCCCAGAAUGGUCAGAAAUGGCAUCUACAAUAUUUGAUUUUUCAAAUUGUCUGGGGAUGGACACCCAGAUGCCUCCGUCGUGGGCACUGGUGAAUUUACACACCAAUAUGGAGAUUUGAAAUUCCUGGACCUGUCCCUUCUGAACAUCGUAAAUCCUCCCCUGUAUUGGUUAUUAUAAAUGAAUGCCAAAGUGGAUUUGAAUGUUAAUGAUUAUUGAUACGCUGGAAGAAAUUUGAUUGUUAAAACGUGUUAUUGUGUAUGUUAAUUUGUUUCUGUGUUCAUAUAUAUAUAUAUAUAUAUAUAUAUAUAUAUAUAAUUGUACAUAUAUAAUUGUACAUAGUAGGGUUAUAAUAAUAUUGUUUUGUUAUCGGAUCAUAUGAAACCGUGCCUAUUCAUGCUUAGCUUUUCUUGGCGAGCUGACACUUUAACAAAUAUGGUUUCUUUUUAAUUAACUAACCAUUCCUUGUGGGGGAAUUUUUGUGAAUCAAAUUUAUAAUGUAGAAUAUUGCAAUAUGUCACACACUCAGCUGGAGAUGUUUCUUAAAAUUUAAUCAAAAUAACAUUUCCAAGAUAAAAUUGUGUAUGAAAGAAUUAUAAAUGUACAAUGGAGAGCUAUAGAUGAGAUAAUUCUUAGUAUUAACUUGUUAUUUAGAUCAGUGUGACAAAAUAUAGAUCAAAAUAAAAAGCAUUGAAUUUGAAUGAGCUUUUUACACAACAUGGAUCAUAUAAAUCAAUAUCGUAUAAUUCCUUCAUUGUGUAUCAUUGUGCUUCAUUCACAACAUUGUGCUUCGUUCACAACAUUGUUGGUAUUUGUUAGAAUGUUAACUUCAAACUAGCAAAUUAAUUUGUAUGUAUACUUAAAGCUGUGGUGGGUGCAUGUGAGUUUUAUUUGUUUUUUUUAAAUAGUCGAAUAUACAUUAGGACAUCACUAGUACUAUAGUGCAGCUCGCUAAAGGGAAUGUUUCACUAUAACAACAUGCUAAUGUACUAAAUGGACACUAACAAUAGUGUUAUAAAGUGGAGCUAUAUUGCAUAUUAUAUAUGCAUCUCACUAUAAUGCUGUUGUAGCAACUAGACUACUGGACCUAAAAUCAGUGUUAUAGUGAAGCCCUAGUGUAUCAUAGCGUCUUGCUAUAAUGCUGUUGUACAAACUGGACAUAACAAGAGUGUAAUAGUAAAACUCUAGUGUCUUGCUAUAAUGCUGUUGUACUAACUGGACACUAACAUCAGUGUUACAGUGAAACCCAACUGUAAUUUGUCUACUGUUAAUUGAAAUGUACAUUGGAAUAACAAUGAAAUAGAAUGUUAUUAUUUAUAUAUGUAUUGUAUAUUAUAACUUAAUACCAUAUAUAUAAUGUAUAUAUUUGUGUAUAUAUUGUAAUAUAAAGGCCAUAGGAUGGGAUGUUAUACAUGCUGUAGACAGGAUUAUGCAAAUGACGGUGCUCGGUCUACACAUUUAUCACUAAUUUCUCACAUUUUUAAUCUCUUCAGCUCCUUGUGUUCUAAAAUAUGCAGCCUAGGACAGCAAAAUGAGUCCCUGUUUACCUUAUAUGAAAUGUUGAAAUAGGAUAAUUUUUCUGUCAUAGGUCGUAUAAUUACUUUGUCAAGUGUGGGAUAUGCUAGGACUUCUACAUCUUCGACUUUAGUAUAAUUGUUUAUGUUGCAAAUGUCAUUGGGUUUAACUACGAAUGAGGUCAACCUUGUAGCUUGUUGUUACUUUAAUUAGAAACCACUGUGAAUAUGUGAUCAAAACACUGGUCUCGUUACUGCAAAGAACCCUCAGUUCUCACUUAGGUAAGCUCGUCAAGUUGUUCACACGGAGACAAGAUUUGCACUUGACAGUUGGAAAUGAAAGGAGAAUAGUAGGAAUCAACACUGCCUGGGCAAUAUUUUCUCCCUAAAAUUGCACAUGUAACCUUCAAAAUAAAACAUUUGGUAAUUUAGUUUCAAAAUGCAAGACAUAACCAUAGAAAUAGUUGCCAGGUGUGACUACCACCAUUGCAGUCAAAGGUGAAUAUUGUGAAGAUAGUGAUUAUGUAUCCUCUAAUGGAUUUAAACAUUAUGUUGGGACGGCUCACCAAAAACAUGGAUAUGGAUUUGAACAAUAUGACAGGAUGGCUCACCAAAAACGUGAUCAACAUGCAAACUCAAACAUUUUAUGUAAUACUAGAAAGAACUCUUUUAGCCAGUUUGUAUAUAAAUCAGAAUUUUAAGUUUAAAGUAGUGGACCAAACAUUUUCUUGUUAUUAAAUUAUGAAUUUGUAUAUAUGGCAGGUUCUUUCCAGUAAACUGCUCUAAAACCAAAAGUCACAGAAUUUUUAUACCUUCGCACCGAACGAAGUGACAGGAAUAUCGAUAUAUCUGUGCUCUGCCCAUCCUUUCAUCCUGGGUUUGUUUCCAAAGCAUGUCUCAUAAACCCUUCUAGAUCUUUAUGGAACUUUCUAAAGACAUCAACUUGUGAUAUUAGUUGUACCUUUUGGUGAUUAGAAUGUUUUUGGAUUUAAUUAUUUGGGGGAAACAAAUUUGACUACCGUAGUUAUGGUCCUGUGGACACAAGCAGCUCAAGUUAUUAUCCUAUUAACUUGUAUUUAAUACACAGUAUUUAUACCUAUUGAUUUUCAAUGACUUUUGAUAACUACUUACAAAGUUAUUGCCCUUGAUCAAUCAAAAAUCUUGUUAACACUCUAGAAGGUUAAAGUUUUUCAAAUGCCAUGACUGCUUGGAACACUUAGCUGUUUUAUUGUUGCUGGGCAACCAAUAGAGACUUUUGGCAAGCGUAAUUUCCUGGUCCGUAUCGCGUAUUCGUAUGGAUUUUGCGUGUGACGUCAUCAAUGUCUGUGUAUUUCUCAUACGUGAUACGGCACACGGAUACGGCAGCACGUAUGGAACGGCUUUCAUACGGAAAUGGUCCGUAUAACACUGUCGUCUUUUUCCCGUCUUUUUUGCUACUUUUAGACGCUGAAAUGUUGCAUCAUAGCGUUUUUAUGAAUCUGUGUGUAUCCUAGAACACAAAGGUGUAUAUUUGAUGUGAUUUUAACAGUGAUAACGACUGGAAUUUAAUCAUCAUUUUUGAUGGGUUUUUCUCUAAAUUUUCAUAUUUUUCCCGCCUGUCUGCAUACUGGUUGAUCUAUGGGCUAAACUUUCUGAAAUAAUACACUAGUGAAACCAAAAAUUGCUAAAAUCUGCCAAAACUCUAAAACUACAUUGACGCCACGUAUACGAUACGGAUGGGAAAAAUCCGCUUGCCAAAAGUCUCUAAUGUUUAUUUUGAUUACCCAAGGAAAAUUCUGAUUUGUAAAGUAGAUGGCAGCAGGAGCUAUAUUGUAUAUAAGAUAUGAUUAGUAUUAUUUUAUAGGAGAUAUAUAUAUAUAUAUAUAUAGCAAUGGUGUGAAGCAGUAGUAGUCUACUUAUUAAGGCAGAUGCAGAUGGAUGGCUUUUCAUAUCAUUAGACAACUUGAAAAAAUAAAUUUAUGGAUAACUUUUCAUAGUAUUGUGUACAAACUGUAUGACUGAUCCACUAACAUUUUAUGUGGGCUGUAUUUUGUAUUUGACAAAUAAUUUUGUAAUUCAUCAUGAAUGUUUUAUCAAUAAAAUAUCGCUGAAUACACAUCAGUUAUGGGACAGACUGUGCACAUAAACUAGAGUGGAUUGAGAUACAUGUAGUUAGAUAUUGAUGCAUACUAAUAAACAAGCACAAAUUAAGUUAAAAAUAACAAAGACAAAAUGUCAAGUCUAGUCAAAAUGUUAUGCAUAAAGUUUGGAAAACAUCAUAAAUUUGCAAUGUUCCUAAUAUUUUAUUAGAGUAUCAGACAUGUAACGUUCAGUAAAUUGCAAGCAGUCACUUGGACAUUCAAAUGUAAAAGUUGAAGGCAUAAUGUGUGGCUUUUCAUACAUGUAGUAUUGAAUUUGGGCAGCCAUGAAUCUCUGACAGAUGACAUUUACAUAGAAGGUAGAACCAUUGCUACAUCAAUGAUAUCUGUCCUUGGAUGUGAUUUCUGUCGGAAUAGUAAAAAUAUUUUAAUUAAAUUGAGGGACUGCAUUCUAUGUAGGAACUGUUGUAAAUUGUGUGUAAUUGUACAUAAAUAAUAUGUUAUGAUAUUAAUUGGCAUUGAUGCUGAUAUUGGUUGUCAUGGUGAUCUUAUCAGUUGUAAAAUAUGGAAAAUUACUUAGAAAUGCUGUAUGGCCUAUUAAUUCAAUGAACCAAAAAUAAAAUUGUUUCUACUUAUCCAACUUAA